UGAUUUUGAAAAACAGAGUUUGAGGUUGGGUCAUUCAUAGCUAUAUUUAUUAAAGCUAUUACUCAAAAAUCCCAUUUUAGAAUGGUGUGACCAAUUUCCAAAAUUUCUGGAAAAUGGGAAUUACGAGAUUAUUAUCAACAUCAACCUCACGGGGAUGGUUCAAAUUCCGGGCUCCAAUUCACACUCACACAACGCUAUCCCCCAGAUUCCAUCUUCCCCACCGUUCAUUUCCCAUGCUUAAUUCCUCCUCCGCCGUCUCCGCCUCCCGCCGCCGUCUCCGGGGAGUCGUCUUCGACAUGGACGGAACCCUAACUGUACCUGUCAUCGAUUUCGCCGCUAUGUAUCAAUCGGUGCUUGGCGAUGAGGAGUAUGUCAGAAUUAAAGCUCUCAAUCCAUCCGGCAUCGAUAUUUUGCACAUUAUUCAGAGCUGGGCUCCUGAGAAGCAGCGGAGGGCGUAUGAGGUAAUCGCCGAUUUUGAGCGUCAGGGGAUUGAUCGCCUCCAAAUUAUGCCCGGUGCUGCUGAGCUUUGUACCUUUCUUGAUUCCAAGAAUAUAAGGAGGGGACUAAUUACUCGCAAUGUAAAGGAAGCUGUUGAUAUUUUUCACGAGCGUUUUGGUUGGACAUUUCAACCAGCCUUAAGCAGGGAAUUUGGUUCUUAUAAACCUAAUCCGGCUCCCCUACUUCAUAUCUGCUCUUCUUGGGAUGUCCUCCCUAAUGAAGUAAUCAUGAUCGGCGACAGCCUCCGAGAUGAUGUUGGAUGUGGCAAGGGAGCCGGAGCUUUCACUUGUUUGCUAGAUCAAACAGGAAGGUACAACUCGGAGCAUUUCACGAAGUUGGAUCUCGAGCCAGAUUUUAAAGUAUCGGCACUCGGUGAAGUUCUACAUCUUUUGGAUGCAAAUUUUGACUUGACCGCAUGAAUGUCAAGAAAAAAAGUUCCAAGAUGUUUGAGUGAUUUUGACUUAACUUGAAAGUUGAGUCAUUUGUUAUUUGUAGGAUAAAAAAGAGAUGGGAAUUUGUUUUCUGAAGGAUUGGAACUGAAAAACAGAAAUGUUGGUUAUUGGUUCUUGUAAUUUCAACAUUUUAAUGAUGUGUAAAGGUGGAUGGUACAUAGAUGAUUACUAUAGUUUCUUCUAA